ACCUGCGAGAAAAAAAAUAAAAUAAAGUAAAACAAAACUACCAAAAAAAAAAAACGAAAAAAAAAAAACCUUUCAGGUCUCAACUAGCAAUGGAGAUGAAGAAGAUUGCCUGCGGAGUCGUUUUCGCUGCUGCUUCCAUGACCGCCGUCAUGGCUGCAGAUGUUGGAGCUCCGGCACCAGGACCCGCCGCAAGCGGAGCCUCCGUAGCCGUACCGGCUCUUGGCUCUUUGGUUGGAGCUUCCCUUGUGUCUCUCUUCGCCUACUACUUGAACUAAGCUUAUAUCUAAAGGAAAAUGAAGAAAUAUUGAUGUCUCUGUCAAUUUCUAUGAUGUCCAAUUUUGUGUGUGUUGUUUAGACAGGCAAAGUGAAUAAAACGAAAGAGAAAAUAAUUUGAUAAUGGUCAG